GUGAUGUGAAUUGUCAAAACAAAGUUUUGAACCUGUGUCAAGAUCACAUGAAAGCAUGGAAAGCUAAAAUCUUAGGACCGAUUUCACUCAGUCUUGAGAACUGCAACCCUAAAGACUUAGAAGACACAAGUGAACUUUUGUUGUUCGUGAGCCGAGCUGAUGCAAGUGACUACGGGAAGUAUGACAUUGUCAGAGUCAAGGAAAUCAUUAACUGUACCGUUAUCUUGCACACAUCAAUCAAACUGGUUUUUUCUGGUUCCCCUUGCGAGAUCAUUGCUCAACGUUUUCCUAAUUUUAACAAAGUCACUCUGACCCAGUCCUGUACGUUGACAUGCAAUGCUCGGUUGGGUGUGGUUGGGGGUGUCAUGGCGUUUAGAGCAGUUGAGGUUCAAGUGGACAGCACAUCGAAGAUAGAAAUGAAUGGAAAAGGCAAAUAA